CGACCUCAGAAAGGGGCGGAGAUAAUUUUGUUGUCAUCGAAGAUGAUUGAACGGCGAUGACCGCAGAUUUUCACGCAUGAAAAGAAGGGAUUUACGUAUCAGAGGCUGUACCCCAAUGGGAAGUUUAUCGGCGAUAAGAAAAGAGAAAGGAGCCUUAUGAAAACCGGGGACGACGGAGCCCCCAGACCGGGCGAUGUGUCCUAAACAGAGCCAGCUGUGCCUCGGCACCGAGGGUCUCUGCCCACCGGCAUAUCCGUGACAGCUGACCUCCCAAAAAUGACCCGACUGGUGUGGACACUUGAGUGAUAAUUUCUCGGAGACUAAGCUGAUCACUUGGCAAUCAUGUCUGUCUCGACGGUAUUGGCAAAGGCGUUGUUUGACAACACGGCAGAAAGCCCAGAAGAGUUGGCUUUCCGGAAGGGCGACAUCCUCAUGGUUCUUGAACAGGAGCAGAGCGGCGGGCCCGGGUGGUGGCUCUGCUCGCUGCACGGCAGACAGGGGAUCGCCCCCGCUAAUCGCCUUCGACUCCUUCAGACCGCCCCGCCCCCUGGCUCGGACCCCCGUCGUGGGUCCAGCGAAGACUCAGUCUACCUGUCGCCUGGUGCCCCGCUGGCUCGGACCGUGGAUGACGCGGACGGAGUUUAUCGCUCCCCGCCAGCGGUGGGCGAGGGACGAGGAGGGGGAGCGGGGUCGAGACCAGGGGAGCUGCGCAGAGUUGAGGGCGGGCGGCCACGCUCGCACUCUAGCUCUGGCACCCGGCCCAGACCUGACUGGGAUAUUGGGGUGGUGGGGCGUCCACGGUCACCCUCUUUGAGGGGACGAGGAACGGACAUGACAGGAGCGGUUUAUCAGAGCCCGGUGAGUCCCGCGCCUGCAGCAGCUCAGCAUGCGAGGCAGGCAGGAGCUCACCUGGCGUCAGAGUCUGUGUAUCUUGCCCCCAGCGGAGUGCCGAGGACGGCCGAUGAAGCAGAUGACGCUACAUAUCUUGUUCCUAGAGAAACACUAACCACGGGGGCCUCGGACGACUGUUACUUGGUGCCCAAAGGCACGCCUCUUGCAGGCGAUGAUGUUUACCAAUCCCCAACGGGAGGCUCUGUGGCCAAUGCUUUUUGCUCUAAUGGACCAUUGAUAACCAAUGGAACUACAGCUACCCCUCAAUCAAAAGCGAACCAGGACACACCAGGGAUGUACCAAACACCCACUUCUGCGGGAGUGAGCCUUCCGAGGACACCAGCGACAAUUCUAGCUCACCACUACCCGCCUCAGAUAACCUCUGUCCAAGCGUCUCCUCGAGCCCUGCUCAAGGGAGCUUCGCCCACCCCUGCCGCAGCCAGGGGCAAGCCCGGCCUUGCCUCUCACCGGGGAUCCCCAUUGCUUAUCAGAGCUGGCCAGGCCAGGGCUCCUGGAUCGCCAAAUUUCGCCCGCAAACCUCCUCCACCAGCACCUCCAGUAAGGAGCGUCACCAGGAAGGACACACCACAACCAUCACAGCCGUCAGCUGACUCUAACUCUGUCCCCAAAUCUGCUGCUCAAGCAACUUCUGCAAGCCUGCAACAAGAAGAGGGCAAACAGAGGGCAGCCCCCCAGGGAAAGGAGGAAAGGACGAGUAAUGGCGUGGAGAAAAGCAGCAGUGUGCAGAAUCAAAAGGGAGAAAAUCAGGAUUAUUCAGAUCCUGUUGACGAUCAGGUAUACGAUACCCCUCCGAGUGGCAGGUGGCAGCAUCCAGUCCCCUCUGCCCUUGGAGAAGAUGACAGCAUCUAUGACACCCCCCGCAGUGUGCCACCGCAGGCCGACGCUGAGUCAGAGGUCUAUGAUGUCCCCACAAUCACUCUGACUAAGGCCACAGUAGAUGUCCAGCCUGACGAAGCUGAUGAAGAAGUCUACAGUGUCCCUACACUUCCAGGCGUCCCUCUGGCACCGGGAGAGUCGACCAGCAGCCUCUGUGGGGAGGAAGUUCCUCAGGUCGGGCAGGUUUCUUGCGUUUCUGGAUCUGAGAAACGAGCCAGUGGUGGAGAUAAUAGCCGUGGUGACUCUGAGCCCGAUGGUGGGAUUUAUGACAUGCCAGCUCUGACUGUCGAAGUCCUUCCUCAUUCCUCAUCAUCUUCUUCCACCUCCACACGCCGCCUCUCUGUGUCUAGUAACGGCUCUGGCGACAUACAGUGGCGAGUUUCGCUUUCCAGUCUCGUCCACUCGGUGCUCACCACAGUCUCCAACUCGCCCUCCACUCUGUCGUCACGGGACCUGGCUACCUCACUGGCUGAAAUCCUGUCCACCUGGAAGGCCAGUCAUUCAGGGGAUCCCCCACCGAACCUUCAGCAGGCCUGGGCACGCUUAUCGGACCUGCUCCCAGCGUUGUCUGCCGUCGGUAACGCUCCUCCAUCUGAAGGGCUCUUAUCGCUGGUCCAGCGCUCGCUUGAGGAAAGCACCCUCCUCUUACAGGCUCAGGGCCGGCCCCGUCUGCCUUCCCAAGAAUCUCUGUCACGCAGGCCGUUGCCUGCGCUGCCGGUGCCUGAUGGGAAGUCAUCUGGAGGGGGAAUGGGUUCCCGUAAAAGCAGCUGGAUCCAGGAGAGGCCUCUGCCUCCAACCCCUCAGCCUGCUUUCUCCUUGCCUCCUACUCCAGCCACGGUGAUGCUCACAGUGGGCCCUGCUGACGAAGAAGAUGACCCCAGCAACGAGUAUGCUGGGAUCGGCUUGACUCCCAUCCCAGCUCCUGUUCCUACUGGAGACAGUGUUGGAUAUGUAAAGCUGCAGGGUAAACCUGAGCCGCCUCCUGACGCCCGCACCGAGAACGGACAGACACAAACUAUCACCGCAGAGCCACGGUUGACCCCCUCCCCUCCUCUGCCAGUGUCCCUCUCCCUGGAGGACUCGGAGCUGCUCUCCUUCUACUCCUCUCAAAGCCUCGCCCACCUCUCCUGCCUGGCGGACGCCGUGGAUGUGCUCUUCAGCAGCGUGAAGGGAAACCAGCCUCCUCGAAUCUUCGUCGCCAGAGGAAAGAGCCUCAUUGUAACUGCGCACAAGCUGGUAUUCAUCGGGGACACGCUCUCCCGUCUUCUCACGUCUGCUGACCUCCGGGCCAAAAUCACUACCUCGGGGGGACGGCUCUGCCAAGCUUUGAAGGCAGUCGUGGUGGCAACAAAGGGUGCUGCACAGAACUAUCCGUCAGUAUCUGCCACCCAGGAGAUGGUGGACCGUGUCGCAGAGCUCUCCCAGCAGGCGGCCGGCUUCUCCACUCUGCUCCAGCGUCUGGCAGAAAUAUCUUCAUGAUGUUUCUUAGUGCUUACGUUAAAACAAACAACUUUGUCUACACAUCUAUUUCCUCCUCUCUGAAAUGCCUUAUUUGUUGUUACACUCGUUCAUUACCCCUGUGCUUGAAUGGGAUGGAAGGAAGCGAAGCCGAAUCCUGCGGCGAGGCGUUUGUUCCUCGCCACAGCUGUUAUCCAGCUGUGUUUUCACUGUGUUGGUUGUGUCGUCUGAGCGCGUGCUGGUUUGCCUUUGUUUCUCCACUGACCUCUGUGCUUUGAUGCCAGGCAAAAAUAGUUUUUUUUAAGUGUUAAUUUAUUGAAUAUUUUGAAGCCCCUGUGUGGUUUGAGUGUCCAUGUGGACUUCCUAUUUUGGGAGCUUUGCUUUAAUGUGCUUGCCAUAUUUUUUUUCUUCCCCCCACCUCUCACACGAUAGCCAUUUUUCCUUCCUUCCUCUAUUUAUUCAGCCACCCCCGAUUUCCAGAAAUAGUCCAGAGGAGGAGACUUUACAUCCUUUUUUCUUACUGUGAUACCUGAAGGGCCUUUUGUGAUUAUCAAUUCAGAAGCUGCAGAAGCAGCAUGUUGUGUGUGUUUUUGGGGGGCUUUAUUUGGGAGAAAUGUUGGAAGUUUUCCCAGAGUCUAUUCUCAAUCUGUGCAAGUGUUUGCGUGUUUUGUGUAGUGCCCCAUUUCCACUUAACAAGAAACAUCUCCUUACUCAUUCUUCAGUUUACACGUGUUUCACACCUCCAUGAAGAAAAACAAAAGCUUUUUUGUCACAGAGGGAGAAUAUGUCUGAGGAUCGAUGAAGGGAUUUUUGAUUGAGCAACGUUAGCUGGGUGACAAAUUGCCUCAUCCUAUUCUUUCCCACAGUCAUGUGGCAGGUUUGGAUGCGAAACCUGUUGACCGAGUUCACCUGUCUUCACACGUCUUGUUAUGACUUGCAUCACUUCUCUUCUUUGACUUUUGCUUUUCAGCAUCAUUUUCCCGUAAACUGCCUGUCAUCGCCUUUUAUUUAUAUCUGCUUUGAUAGUUUGAAGCCAGGAAUCUUAUUGUGGAAGUGCACAACAGAAACCAGUUGUUUUAUUAUGACAGAACAAAGACUGGGAAGACUGUUAACUCUACAUCAGUUUGUGGGACUUUAUUGUGAUCGUGAACCUAUCCCAGCCUGUGGAAUGAAGCAGAAUCUGCUUUUCAAUUUAAAAGAGACACUUUUUGUAUUUUACAAUCCAUGAAAACAAACCUGUUUUGCGUCUAACACUACUUCACUUUUCAUACUGUGUAACCUCGGCCUGUGAGUCAUAAUUGGUAUUAUGCUCCUCUCUGCGACAACACGUCAGCAUAUUCACACUACACAUCUUGUUUGUGAGAGAACGCAGCCAGGGGGAUAAGACUUGAAUAUAGCACUACCUUCUCUUCUGGCAAUCAUGUUACUUUACCCCACCCCCCUACUUUUUCUUUUUCUAAUGUUUCAAAUUUAAAUUGUUGACUUGGUUUCCAGCUUUUACAUUUUCUUUGCUGCAGUGCCACCCUGUGGAGGUUUGAAGUAUUUUCCAAUGACUAGCAGCCUGUUAAAACGGGCUGUGUGUGUAUGUGAGUGUGUGUGUGUUAAGGGAGCAUGAUGGGCAAGUAACCUUUAGCUGUAUAUUUAUUGUAUGCCAACGUUUAUGUUCCUUUGCUUUCCCCAUCUGCAUGGCUUUAAUUUGCUUAUACUUUAUAUAUAUAUAUAUGUAUGUAUGCACAUCCUUCACCUGAGUGAUGUGAUUGGGUGAUUUGCAAUGAACAAAGUUUUCCUUUUUUUCUGAGUUACAGUUCAAACAUGGCUGUCUUUUCUUUUAUAACUGGAUGGGGUUUUUUUACACUAUUUGAACUCCGUAUGAUCUGUUAUGCAUAUUGCUAACAUAUAGUAUACAAGUGAAUGCUUUUCCUACAGUAAUAACAGACCUAAUCUUCCUUAUUUUUAACACUACAUUGGAUGUCUGUCUUGUAUUCCUGUUCAGAAAACACAAAUACAUUUUUUUGCAA